AUGGGAUCUCCGAGACAGAAGGAUCCAGCUGGAUCUCAUUGUAACAGCACAGGCCACUAUCACGGGCGUCACAGACGCCGGUUCAAGAGUAAAAAGUCGUCGGAGCCCAUAACCACGGAAGUGGCCCCGGUGACGGCGAGACCGAUGUUCAGUCCGCAACAGCAGAAGGCGAUCUUCGAGCACCAGCUGAUCACCAAGAACCACGCCGGUCAGAAGGCGUACGCUCACGUGCCCUGCAAGUUCUUUCGACAGGGCACCUGCCAGGCGGGGGACUCGUGCCCGUUCUCGCACUCGCUCGACGCGUCCGCGGCAGACCAGACGCCCUGCGAGUACUUCCGCAGGGGCAACUGCAAGUUCGGAUCGCGGUGCGCCAACGCGCACGUUCUGCCGGGCGCCAGCAUCGACGAGGAGGACGAGCAAGAGGCCGAGGAGGACGGGGUGUUUCCACACGACGAGCAGUUCUACCUCCCGGCGGAUUUCGCGGAGCUGCUGGCCCCGGAACGGCUUACCCGCCGCAACUCGGGCUCUUCGAUGACGUCGUUUUCGGCCGCCUCGCUCGGACCGUCGCUGUCGUCCGCCUCGUCCUCGUACACGGCAACAGCGGCGUCGCCGCUGUUGCACCAGCAGCUCGCCUACCUGCACCCGUCCGCCAAGAGCUUUUCACCGUGGUCGCCGCCGCCAAACAGCAGAAACUCGUUCUCCUGGCUGCUCGGCGACCUGGCCAGCCUCAGGAUAGACGAGGAGGAGCCCCUCGUCUACACAGACUGCUACGACGCUACAAAUACAGCAAACCUCCCGGACACUCAAUUCCUAUUCGACGAUCUGCCGGAUAACACUCGCUUCUGA